AUGAAAAAAUUAAAAAAUAAUAUUUUUUUUAUUUUUUAUUUUAUUUUUUCGUUAAAUUUCAAUGGUUCUCUCUCAGCAAUUCCCCUAAACGAAUAUAAUUGUUAUGUAAACUUUAUUCAGAAGUUUAAUUUAGUACAAAACUAUCCAAGUUCAAAUGGAGUAUAUGCAGAAUCAUUAUUUUGUAGUAAAACUCAAAUUUGCCAUUCUAAUGGUUCCAUUAGUGAACUUUCGCCUAUUGUUGGUAAUAAUGAUGUAAUUACAUUGGGCAAGCAAGUAGUUGUUAGUGAUAUCGAUUGCUUUCCAUUUUUAACCAAAAUUGCAUUAAGACUUUUGGAUCUUUCAAACGAAUUUAUUUAUUACAAAUUCCCAACAGUAACAAAUAUAAUUUUAGAGCUUGAUACUUUCAGUGAUCUUUCACAAAAACUACCACCUUACGAUUUUUACCAAAUUACAACUACUGGUAUUUUAAAUAUUAAAAUGUCCCAUUUAAAUGAUAUCAAAACAUUUAUAUUAAAUAAUAACAAAGCUACAACCAAUGUUGAAGUAGACAGUGGAGCAGACAAAACAAAUUUAAAAUCAUUGACAUUAAACAUGAAAAAUUUCCCAAAUUUUUCCGGUUACCAAUUCGAUAAAGCUACAUUUAUUUUUGGCACUCAAUUCAAUCCAUCAGAAGUCCUUACAAAUUUCCAAUAUUUAAAUGCUUCAAAUGUUCAUUUUACAUUUCCCUUAAAUAUCAAUUAUCAAGUUCCUUUUUAUCUUCACUUGAAUACCUAUAUUAAAGUUAUGAAUCAUUAUAUCGGCUAUUUUCUAACACCCACUCAAUUCUACGAUUUGUCAAGUCUUGUCAAUUAUGAAUCAAUUAGAUUAGGUUUCGUUGGAAAGAAUUUCCUUUAUCAAAAUAAAAUUCCAGUUAAAGUUAGUCCAAAUACAAAUUUUGAUUUUUCGUUGGAUAUAAUUAGUCCACAAACCCCACCACAAAUCCCUCCAAUUACCGAUGUUGGCUUUUUAAAAGCUGUUGGCUAUACAGAUAGUUACCUAUCAGGUAAUUUACCAGAAUAUAAUGGUCAAGGUUCAGCAUACAUAUAUAGUAAAAACCAAUUAACAGGUACUAUACCUGAAUCAUGGUGUGGAACUGCUUUAUUUGUAACAAAUAAUCAAUUGACAGGAACUAUUCCAUCAUGCUUUUCUUGCUAUUUAAGUAGCACACUUCAAAUGACUACUGAAAUUUCGGGUCCAAACAGUUUUCUUUCAAUGCCAACAAUGUUUGAUAGAUUUGCAGGUAAUAGUUUUACCAAUUUAGAUAAAACUAUUCCAUGUACAACUUAUAGACCACAAGUUAAAUACCAUAAUCAAACAACUAUUAUAAUUAGCGGUAUUGAUAUUGGUCAUCAUCCUAACUAUUAUUUCCUUGGUUCAAUGAUAGUAUCUAACCGAUGUAAACCUGUUCCACAAUCAAUUAUUAGAUAUGGUUAUGAAUAUUAUUGUAAUCAAGAUUCCAGUCUCCUGAAUAUGAAUUCUAUCCAACUAAUUAAUAUUGGUAAUAAUAUAAACUAUAAUUUUGCCUUAGUCAGUAAACCACCAACUUUUACAUCAAUUAUUACAACUGAAAAUAAUAAAGUCUCUGCAGUUGGCACAUUCUUCUCAAGUUAUUUAGGUCAAUCAGAACAAACUAUAACUAUUGCAGGCACAAAUUGUCCAGUUACUAAAACUGGAUUCACCGACUUUACUUGCAUCACAUCAGUUACAUUAUCACCAGAAAAACAACUAGUUGUAAUAAAGAAUGAUAAUCAAACUAAAAAAGUAUUUGCAGUUUUCGAAAACAAUAGACUCAAUAAUAAACAAUGUCCAAAUGAUUGUGUAGGCUCACCAUCAGGAGAUAUUUGCGAUUUAAGCACUGGUACUUGUUGUAUUUGUAAUACCAACUAUAUUCAAGAUGAUUGCUCCGAGUUAUAUAUCCCAUGUCCAAACGAUUGUAGUUCACACGGUAAAUGUGAUACUAAUACUGGUAUUUGUAAAUGUGAUGCCAAUUAUAUUCAUAAUGAUUGUUCAGAAUUAUACAUCCCAUGUCCAAACGAUUGUAGCUCACACGGUCAAUGCAACACUAAUACUGGUAUUUGUAAAUGUAACACCAACUAUAUUCAAGAUGACUGUUCAGAAUUAUAUAUCCCAUGUCCAAACAAUUGCAGCUCACACGGUCAAUGCAACACUAAUACCGGUAUUUGCCAAUGUAACACCAACUAUAUUCAAGAUGAUUGUUCAGAAUUAUACAUCCCAUGUCCAAACGAUUGUAGCUCACAUGGCCAAUGCAACACUAAUACUGGUCUUUGUAAAUGUGAUACCAAUUAUAUUCAUGAUGAUUGUUCAGAAUUAUAUAUCCCAUGUCCAAAUGAUUGUAGCUCACACGGUCAGUGCAACACUAAUACUGGUAUUUGUAAAUGUGAUGACAAUUAUAUUCAUGAUGAUUGUUCAGAAUUAUACAUCCCAUGUCCAAACGAUUGUAGCUCACACGGUAAAUGUAACACUAAUACUGGUAUUUGUAAAUGUGAUGACAAUUAUAUCCAUGAUGAUUGUUCAGAAUUAUACAUUGAAUGUCCAAACAAUUGCAGCUCACAUGGUCAAUGCAACACCAAUACUGGUAUUUGUAAAUGUGAUGACAAUUAUAUUCAUGAUGAUUGUUCAGAACUAUACAUCCCAUGUCCAAACGAUUGUAGCUCACAUGGCCAAUGCAACACUAAUACUGGUACUUGUCAAUGCAACACCAACUAUAUUCAAGAUGAUUGUUCAGAACUAUAUAUUAAAUGCCCAAACGAUUGCAGCUCACUCGGUAAAUGUAACACAAAUACUGGUAUUUGUAAAUGUGAUGACAAUUAUAUUCAUGAUGAUUGUUCAGAAUUAUAUAUCCCAUGUCCAAACAAUUGCAAAUUAUACAUUCAAUGUCUAAACAAUUGCAGCUCACAUGGCCAAUGCAACACAAAUACUGGUAUUUGUAAAUGUGAUGACAAUUAUAUUCAAGAUGAUUGUUCAAUAUUAUACAUCCCAUGUCCAAACGAUUGCAGUUCACAUGGCCAAUGUAACACUAAUACUGGUAUUUGUAAAUGUGAUGACAACUAUAUUCAAGAUGAUUGCUCAGAACUAUAUAUAGAAUGUCCAAACGAUUGCAGUUCACAUGGUCAAUGCAACACAAAUACUGGUAUUUGUAAAUGUGAUGACAACUAUAUUCAAGAUGAUUGUUCAGAAUUAUACAUCGAAUGUGCAGAUCCAAUAUGUUCAUCUCAAGGUCAUUGUAAUACAUCAAAUGGUAUUUGUGAUUGUAGCAAUGGAUUCGGUGGUGACGAAUGCGAAUUCAGUCAACAUUAUAUUACAUCAGUUAACCCAUCAAAUGAAAAUGGUGGUGAAGCAAGCUUCUAUGGUAGUUUCGGUGAACAACACAACCAAUUAUCAGUUAUAAUCGGAUCAAAAACAUGUCCAGUUACACACUCUUCAAACGAUUUAAUUAAUUGCACAGCACCACCAGGUAAAGGUAUUCACAGUGUCAAUAUCACUCAAAACAAUAUUGUUUAUAUUGGUAAAGAUAUUUACAUUUAUUCAAAAGUACCACAAAACAUAUUCGAAUGUCCAAAGAACUGUUCAUCACAUGGUAAAUGUAAUACAUCAAAUGGUAAAUGUGAAUGUUAUUUAGGAUAUACAUCAUUUGAUUGUGGAUCAAUAAUCGAUAGUGGAGAUAAUACAACAUCAAAUGUAGAUAACAGCACAGGUAUUGUAGAUAUUAACAAUGAGAAAAUCAACUUUAAAAUCUAUCUCAAAUCAUUAAAUGAAAUAGAUAUUAAUAAUAAAGUUGUCAAGAGUUAUCCAUUAGUAUCAGAUUGGACAGUAAACAAAACACAAUCAAACAUUUAUACAUUCGAACAAUCACCAAACAAAGAUGAAUUCAAAGUUAUAUCAACAAUCGAACAAAUUGAAAACGACAGAUCAGUUUCAUUUGCAGGUAUCGACUUUUUACUCACCAAUAACUCAAUUAAAUUCACAGUUUCAAUUAAAAACUAUAAAUACCAAUCAUUCUUAAACACACUUCAACUUGAAAUGCAAUCAAACACAACUGAAUUAACCAAUGAUGAUUGCAACAGUAAAGAAACUCAAUUAGACACUGAAAAUCUCAAACAUCAAUAUGAUCUCAGUUAUAUUAAACUUUCAAAGAAUAAUGUCGAUUUUGUAGGUAGAUUCGUCAACAAAGUAGUAUCAGACUCGAAACCAACAUUCUUAACAACAUCAUACACCAAACUCAACGACUCUGUAACUAUCAUAUUACACUUACCACAUUGUGUCAAUGAAUGUUUAAUCGAUCCAGAUUUUUCAGUAUUACUAUCACCAGACUUUUCAGAUUGCGAAUCAUCAAAAGAAAAUAUCAAAUGGCAAAUACCAGUUGGUGUUGUUGUUGGUGUUGUUGGUGCCUCUUGUCUUGGUAUCCUUUUCUAUAAAAGAAAAUCAGUUAUUAAAGUAAAUGGUCAAAAAAUCGAAAUGAAAUCAGCCAAAAAUAAAGUUUAA